GGGAAAUAGUGAUUUGCGAGUUUCUAGAGUUUCUAGAGUUUCUUUUUGUAGCUGGUCCAAUACGUAGGUACUUGGUGUGAUGUUACACAAGCGUUUGCACUUUGGACUUCACUUCGCUCUGUGCAUUUGCAUUUUCAAAAGCCUGUCGGCCAAUAUGUCAGUCCUAGCUGGUAAUGCACUGGUGGACAGCACGACCUCAGACUCCUUUUCGAAUAGAGACGUCAAGACAGGCGGUGUUGCUAGACAGAAAGAUACAAACAGUGAAGAGAUACCAGUUUUGAUUAUAGGCGGUGGGCCCAGCGGUCUACUUCAAGCGUAUCUACUUUCGAAAUUAGGCGGCGAGUCUGUCCAACUGAGCUGUGAGACGAUACUAAUUCCCUUGUAGUAAAAUCGUUGCUCGUUGAGAAGUACCCUCAGAGACUGGCAGCCCCAAAAGCGCAUGCACUUAGCCCAAGAAGUUUCGAAAUAUGCCGGCAAUUUGGCUUGGACACCAAAGCUAUGCGCAACCUAGGUUCACCUAGAGAAGACGCAUUUUGGGUCAAUUUUCUUACUAACUUAUCUGGUGAGCGGAUUGGUGUGCUACCGUAUGAGAGGAUGGAUUCUAAGGUGCUGGACGACACACCGGAGAUGAUCCAUAAUAUCCCUCAACCAGAUUUUGAGCAGUUUCUAGCGAAAGCGCUGGAAAAUGACCCAAAUGUGGAGAUACGAAAGGGAUUUGCUUUCGUCUCCUGUAGUCAGGAUGAUGAUACUGUGACUAGUAUACUUGAAGAGCGCAAUGAUGACCAUCCUCUAUACGUGCGAUCACGGCAUGUCAUCGGUUGUGAUGGCGCACGAAGUCAAGUCCGAAAAUGUCUAGGGAUUGGGCAUGAAGGCGAAGACAGCUACGAAACUAUGAUGACCAUCCACUUCAACGCUGAUUUGCGGCCUGUGGUGAAGGAUAGAGUGGGAAUGCUCCACUGGAUCACCGAUCCUGCAUGUUCUGGUUUCAUCAUUGCUUAUAGCUUAUCCGGAAACCAAGUCCUCAUCAGUAACUUCGAUUCUAAUAAGUAUCCUGUGCAGUUAUGGACAGAUGAGCUCAGCAGAAAUGUGGUAUCAGCGGCCAUAGGCGCAGAUGUGCCAUUCGAGAUUUUGAGCUAUAGGCCAUGGGUACUUAGCAGAAAGGUCGCAACCCAGUAUCGCAUCGGCAAUGUUAUUCUCGCUGGUGAUGCAGCUCACUCAUUUCCCCCGACUGGAGGUCUCGGGCUGAACACCGGAAUUGCUGAUGUUCAUAACCUCGCCUAUAAAAUUGCCGCGGUGCACCGUGGAUGGGCCGACCCAGGCAUACUCGAAUCGUACAACGAGGAGCGGCGUCCAAUUGCUAUGGUCAAUGCAGCCCAAAGUGUCAAGAAUGGCAAAGCGAUUUUUUCGUUCUUGAAGACUCUGGGCACCGCUGGCAUUGAAGAUAUUCAAGAAGCACGAGCUAAUCUGCUGAAGUCAAUCGUUGACCCGGGUAAGCAAGAAAUGAUCAAUGAAGAAGUGCAGGGUCAGCGCGAGCAUUUUGACAAUUUGGAACUCCAUAUUGGCUACGUUUAUGGGCAGAAGGAUACACCCUCGCAUGCCUCGCAUUAUAUUCCAAAGUUUGUGCCUGGUGCCAGGUUGCCCCAUGCUUGGAUUAGUUGUGGAGGCUCUAGUGUUUUGAGUCCCCAUCAACCACUAGAUGUAUCGUACGUCAAAGAAUGGUCAAUGGAGGACAUUUCUGCGCGAAAAGCUUCGAUCCUAGAUCUAUGCGCCUAUGACUCCUUCACUGUCCUAGUCGGCUCCGGCGGCGUUUGGGGAAGGUCGUUUGGUGAGCUUCAGCAGAGGCUCGCGAAGAAAGGCAUCAAGAUUAAUCGCUAUACUGCACCAGGCGACUUUGACUUCAUCUUUCCAGAACAAAAGAGGCUGUUCUCGAAUAUUGCUGAGUUUGCAAGUGGUGGUUGUAUUCUUGUGCGUCCAGACCAACAUAUACUGGCGAAGGUAAAGCCAACAGACGCUAUUAACGAUCUGGAAAGACACGUAUUGCACCACCUUGGACUUGCUUAAUGAAUAGUCAACGAGCUUGAUAUUUACAGCUACAAAUCGUGGUCGACUGAUCGUGUGCACUCAAUUGUGGAUUGUAGAUCUACUUAGGAGAUUACUUGUUCGGGGAUCAAGUAAUAACAGACGGAUAUGACAGUCGUGGGAACAGUCGUGGGAGUAUGUUACAUCACAAAUCACUUCCACAAAAUAUAGCAACACCCAUCAUAGAUCAGGCAGCGUCAUUGAGCUUCAGGACAUUACUUGGCGGUGGCUAGACCGCCGAGGAGAGCAACCCUACAUUUGAGCUUGGGGCGAGACUUCGAUUGCUAAAUAGUAAAGGGCAUUGAGUACUUGUGUUCGCAUCACUACGUGAGAUGCUAACAAUGGGAG